CCCAGUUUAUAAUGGUUACUUUAAACCUGAGCAGUUACAACCAUGGACCCUUCACUCUAGUGGGCAUCCCAGGCCUGGAGAAAUUUCAUGUGUGGAUUGGGAUUCCUUUCUGUGUUAUUUACAUUGUGGCUGUCAUGGGAAACUGCAUCCUUCUCUACCUCAUUGCAGUGGAGCGUAGCCUGCAUGAACCCAUGUUUUUCUUUCUCUCCAUGCUGGCCAUGACUGACCUCAUCUUGUCCACAACUUGUAUACCCAAAACACUCAGUAUCUUUUGGCUUGGGGCUCAUGAAAUUACCUUUCCUGGAUGUCUUACACAAGUGUUCUUCCUUCACUGCAGCUUUGUCCUAGACUCAGCCAUCUUGAUGGCUAUGGCAUUUGAUCGCUAUGUGGCCAUCUGCUCCCCUUUGAGAUACACUACCAUCUUGACCCCGAAAACCAUCAUCAAGAUUGUUGUGGGCAUCUCUUCUCGAAGCUUCUGUAUCAUCUUUCCAGUUGUAUUCUUGCUGAAACGCCUACCUUUCUGCAGGACACACAUUAUUCCCCACUCAUACUGUGAGCAUAUAGGGGUUGCUCGACUUGCCUGUGCUGAUAUCUCCAUCAACAUCUGGUAUGGCUUCUGUGUUCCCAUUAUGACGGUCAUCUCAGAUGUACUUCUGAUUGCCAUUUCCUACACCCUCAUCCUUUGUGCUGUUUUUCGUCUCUCCUCUCGAGAAGCCCGCCAGAAGGCCCUUGGCACCUGUGGUUCUCAUGUCUGUGUCAUCCUCAUGUUUUAUACACCUGCUUUCUUCUCCAUCCUUGCCCAUCGCUUUGGACACAAUGUCUCCCUCACUUUCCACAUUAUGUUUGCCAACCUCUACAUUGUCAUCCCACCUGCACUCAACCCCAUUAUUUAUGGAGUAAAGACUAAGCAGAUCCGAGAUAAGGUCAUACUCCUCUUUUCUACUAAGGACACAGAAUGA